GCCGCCGCUGCUCCCGCUCCGCGCACAAUGGCGACUCCCAGCCCCAGCGGCGGCUCCGGGGGGAGCGGGAGCGGGCCCGGGCCGGGCGCCGCCAGCAGCAGCAGCAGCAUGCAGGGUAAACGCAAAGCGCUGAAGUUAAAUUUUGCAAAUCCACCUUUCAAGUCCACAGCAAGAUUUACUCUAAAUACUUCUGGAGUUCCUUUCCAAAAUCCACACAUUGACACACAAGCAACCCUGGGUAGUAAUCACAUUGUCCCGUUCAGUUUCAAAAGGAGAGAAGCGGACCUCAUCCAGAAACUUUCCAGCAGGCUACAAGAGAGACUGAGAACACACAGCAUUGAAUCAUCAGGAAAAUUGAAGAUUUCCCCUGAACAACAUUGGGAUUUUACAGCAGAGGACUUGAAAGACCUUGGAGAAAUUGGACGAGGCGCUUAUGGUUCUGUCAACAAAAUGGUCCACAAACCAAGUGGGCAAAUUAUGGCAGUUAAAAGAAUUCGGUCGACAGUGGAUGAGAAGGAACAGAAGCAGCUUCUGAUGGACCUUGAUGUAGUGAUGCGAAGCAGUGACUGCCCCUAUAUUGUUCAGUUUUAUGGCGCGCUCUUCAGAGAGGGUGACUGUUGGAUCUGUAUGGAGCUCAUGUCUACCUCGUUUGAUAAGUUUUACAAAUAUGUAUAUAGUGUAUUAGAUGAUGUUAUUCCAGAAGAAAUCUUAGGCAAAAUCACUUUAGCUACUGUGAAAGCACUAAACCACUUAAAAGAAAACUUGAAAAUCAUUCACAGAGACAUCAAACCUUCCAAUAUUCUUCUGGACAGAAAUGGAAAUAUUAAACUCUGUGACUUUGGCAUUAGCGGACAGCUCGUGGACUCCAUUGCCAAAACGCGGGAUGCAGGGUGCCGGCCGUACAUGGCGCCGGAAAGGAUAGACCCCAGCGCGUCCAGGCAAGGCUACGACGUGCGCUCAGACGUCUGGAGCUUGGGGAUUACAUUGUACGAGCUGGCCACAGGGCGAUUCCCCUAUCCCAAGUGGAACAGUGUGUUUGACCAGUUGACACAGGUAGUGAAAGGAGACCCACCACAGCUGAGCAACUCAGAGGAAAGGGAGUUUUCCCCAAGUUUCAUCAACUUCGUCAACUUGUGCCUUACAAAGGACGAGUCCAAAAGGCCAAAGUACAAAGAGCUUCUGAAACAUCCCUUCAUCCUGAUGUAUGAGGAACGCACAGUGGAUGUUGCAUGCUAUGUUUGUAAAAUCCUGGAUCAAAUGCCAGCAACUCCCAGCUCUCCAAUGUACGUGGAUUGAUACUGCUGCUACAUCCAACUCUAGAAAAAGGGCUGAGAGAAAACAAGCUGUAAAGAAUUUUCAUCACAUAUUGCAGUGUUUUUAAUGCUCGCCCAGACACCAUGUGCAAUAAUAUUGGUGUUAUUUCCAUCCUGUCUGUAUACUGUUGUCACAUAUAAAGUGCAUCCCUGUAAUACCUGAUCACACAGUGUUAGUGUUGGUCACAGAGAGACCUCAUCUUGCUCUUUUGUGGACAUAUUCAUGAAAUGUGGAAAUAAGUACAUUUAUUUGUUGACUGUGAUUGGAUAGCACCUAAAAUUCAUUUCUAGACUCAAAACUUGGAGACUCCUCAGCAGCUACUGGAAAGAUUUUUCUCUCAAACUCUUCCGAUUGUUGUUUCAAGUAAUAAUAAAAAGCAAACAAACAAAACUUAGGCGUUGUCUGUCUGAACAUUAAGAGACUUUUUGCCUGGAGGGAGAAGAACUUGCUUAACCAACGAGAUGCUUUGCCUUCUGGAGCUGGAAAGGCAAAGGAGAAUUUUAUUCUUCACAAAGUGCAAUAGAUUUACUGCUAUGAAAUUCUGUUGCUUUACAGUCGCAGUGUACUUUCUGGGGACAGUGUGCUCAGCUGAACUUCCUGUUAAAGAGAGAUCAUGUUAAAUAUAGUGAAUAUGUCUUUACCAAAAAUAUGUUGCGUUGAAAGAGGCUAACAUUAAACUAUUGAGAUGGGAAAUAAUGUAUUCUUCCUCCUUUUACCAAGCCAGCCACUCUUCACUCUUAACUAGGUGUCCUGUAAAUUGUUACCUGGUAAGAUAAGACCUUUGACCUGAAGAAUUAUUAAACUACUUGAUUGAAUUUAA